UUUAGUUAGUCUCUCUCUUAGAGUGGUCGUAAAAUAUAGUUUCAAUUGCUGAAUAUGAAAUUCGCUACGCUGAUCUUUGUGCUCUGUGCACUGUUUGGUUUCUCUCUGGCCUACAAGAACGCCAAAUGUGGCUUGCCCCCAGCAGUUGAUGGUAAUGGAUUGAUCAAGUGCGCCGCCUUCCAGCCCAGUUUCAGCUACUAUCCUGCCGAAAAUGUAUGCAAGGACUUCGUUUAUGGCGGAUGCGGUGGAAAUGAGAAUCGCUUCGCUUCCAAGGCUGCCUGUGAGGCCGAAUGUGUGAACUAAGAACCUUAACUUCGAUCUGAAUAAAAAGUAUGAAAUUAAA